AUGUACAUUCCAGCUUCGCGGCAUUUUGAGAUAUCAGAGCAGACGCGAUCCCUGCUGAAGCACGCGGCAUCAGCUGGGUCGGUCGGCUCCGAGAAGGCCUCCGAACAUGGAAAGAAGCUGAAGCCAUCGGCUGUGCUGGAGCACGCGAAAGAAGCUCGAAGGCGGAUCCGUGAGGUGUGGUCCAGCUUCCAGCCUGGGGAGAAGCAGCUGUGCACCAAGCGCUACUUCGAUGUUGAGGAGGACGACUGGGUGGAGGAGAGAGUGCUGGUAGAGUUAGAUGCAAAUGCCUUCGGACAGGGUGCGAUCCGCGAAUGCUUCCGCAUGAAGGAGGUCAACAUGCAGGAGCGUUCUGUGCCGUCGUCGCCCAAGGCAGACCUGGAGCCCAUCAGCUUCGGCGACGCUUCGCCCAGCGGCAGGUCCAUCGGCUCGGAUGAGGGCUCCGAAACUGGCGAGUUCUUCCUGGUGGCCAGCAGCUUGCUCGAGAUGCGCCACUCAGAACGAAGGCGCCUUUACGUUGCAAAACGCGCAAUGCAAGGUCAUGAAGACUUGGAGAAGCACCGGCACGAAUGCAGUGUCGAUGUGAUGCACCAAGCCAUGGCCAAGCACUAUGCAGAGCUAUACAACAGCAGCCUUAGGAGAAGCCUCGAAGACGAUACUGGCCAUUUUCCACACCAGAUAGACUUUCUGUUGACACAUAUGAUUGAACUGGAAGAUGGUCGUACCUUUGGUGCAGAAGCGUUCUUGUUUGGUAACUACAUCAAGCACAACAACAACUCUGGAGGCACCAUGGGCGCGAAGAAGACGCCGCAGACCUUCAGCUACUUCACCUUCGUGAAGUCGGGCGGAAGCUUGAUGGUCGUUGAUAUCCAAGGCAUCGACGACAUUUACACGGAUCCCGUGAUACAUUUCCUGCCUUGUCACGCAUCCGGGUCCUUCCGAACAGCAGACAGUUCAGUGAACCUCGGAAUUCGCGGCUUCGCUCUCUUCCUGUGGAGCCAUCGGUACAACGACGUGGAUCGGACUCUUGGGCUGCCUGUUUUUGCCUUGGCACGCUCCGAGCUGGAAACGCCGGUGCCAGAGAAGGGCACCUGCAUCCGGGAUCUGAAUGCUGGUCUUGGGAUGUGGGAUUUAACAUCCCGCAGCGGGCAGGGCAACAGCAACAUGGCAGUUGCCGGUGCGAUACAGCUGGGUUCCGUGCCUGACAUCGACCUGCGGGCCUCCAGUUGGGACUUGCAUUUCGAUCACCCCAAGUCAUCUCAUGCUUUACCUCUUUUCCAUGUGGAAGCUGCAUGCCACAUGGAAAUCGCAGCCAUGUAUGAUGAAGGGAGGCUGUCCCCUGGUACAGCUUCUCUUCGGACACGUGCAGAACUCGAAGCAGCAGUCUUUCACAUUGCAGAGGCUGCGAAGCAGGGUCUGCCUGAAGCACUCCUGGCGCUGGCCAGGCUGGCUUCUGACAUGGACCACUCGGAUUUCCUGCCCCAAGUCCAUAGCACCGAAGCAGAGAGGCCACUGUGCUUGGCUUUGUUGCAGACAGCUUCGAACCUCGGAGUGCUGUCAGCGCAUGGGGCCCUGGCACGGCUUCUUGUCGAUGGAGUUUAUUCAGAUAAGAACUCGAAGACACUGUCGCUGGCUGCGGGCUGUCUUGAGAAGUACGCCGUUGAGGCGUCGGAAUCUGCAGGCACCACGCUGCCAGAACCGUUAAAGCACGAAGUCUGCUGUAGACAUGGCUGUGCCUUUGGAUGGGAUGCGCAUGGAUGGGAGCCUCACACUGCGUACGCCCGGGCGGCCGAGCUUUACGAAAACGAACUGCGAUCUGAGUCUGGAUCAUGGGCAAAGUCCCGUGAGCUCUGGUCUCUGGCGGCAGAAUGCGCCCUAGAAGAUCCGAGGUUAGCCAAGCAGGCCAUGCGGUAUACUGAAAGGGCAGAACAAGAGGAGCCCGAGGAGGUAGCCGAGGUAGCCGAGGUGGCCGAUGACGUGGCUGAUGGGUUGGCGCUCCGGCUCCAUGGCGACCUCCGCGAACGCUUUGAGAAGUUUGCGGCGGCCUUCGCGACUCCCGAGCUAGCCUUAGAGCACCUGCUGCAGUUGGCGGAGGGCUCUGCACCGGCCAGUGCAGAAGCGCCCCCGAACGGAAGCUCCAAAGAGGUGGUGGAGGUGCCCAUGGUGUCCGGAACACCAGCUCCGCUCAAAGAGGCGGAGGUAGAUGAGGACAUCUGGGCGCAAUUCGAUCAUUCCCAUGGAUCUGGAGACUUGCUGCGUGGCCGUGCUGGCUGCCGCUGUGAUGGCGAACGAGCUCCUGCCAGCCUUGCACUUCCUGAUGUGGGUCUGGGGUGCCGGUGCCAGUGGUUUCAAUUGCGCGGCAGGACAUGUGAUCUACUCAGGCUUUGA